AUGCCUUCUGUGAAGAGUCUUUUGUCGGCUGCCGCUCUGGCAUGCCUAGCCAGCGCAGAGACAAUCAAGAUCACGGCUACUUCGUCGAACACUUUCGAACCAUCGAACAUUACGGCAUCCCAUGGCGAUAUUCUUGAAUUCCAUUUCGAGCCGAAAAAUCACAGUGUGGUUUCGGGUCUCUACGCCUUCCCUUGCACUCCCAUGCAACUGGGCACCGGGUUCUUCUCAGGAUUCUCCUUCAACACCACCGACGGCGAAGCAGACAAAAUCUUCCGCGUUACGGUAAACGGAACCGACCCGAUUCCCUUCUACUCCUCACAGGGCAAUGAGUGCUCGGGCGGAAUGGUUGGAAUCAUCAACCCCAGCAAGAACCAGACACUUGCAGACUACAAGAAGCGAGCCGCUGCUUUGGCAAGGAGCGUCUCCCCCGGCAGGACGAGCUUUGGUGGUGAGAUUGUCGACAACGAUGACUCAUCCAACUCUACCAGUGGCGAUGAUGGAAAAGGCGGCAGCAGCAGUGGUGGCAAAGGCGGCAGCAGCGGCGGCUCUUCAGACAAAGAUGGCAAAGAUAACGGCAGCGUCUCGUUGUCUGUGUCAAUCGGAGCACUGGCACUCGCUAUGCUCAUGGCC